AUAGCAGCAGCAGCAUUUACAGCGAAUCUAAUGCCAAUCCCAUCAUCCAAUGACAUACACAAUUCCCUAAAACUGAAGGCCUCCAUACGCCCACUUGCAAGUGCAUGUUUUUCCCCGCUAUAAAAACCACUUCAUUUUCUAUUAGGAGGGUUAUGUUACUUGUGUAGUACUUGUGUUGUGCUGGUGCAUUCUUCUACUUCAAUUCUCAGCCAUGUCGGUGGUUCCUUGCAAUUGCAACCACACCACAGAGAAAGAUAACCUUAGUGGUGAAAGUGAGAGCUUUCACAAGUUUUUUGAGUGCUGGAUUUCUGAGCAAAAACAACAUCUGAAGGACCUUUUAGCUGCUGAAUCAACCCAGCUAAUUAGUGAUGAGGAGCUUCAGGCACUGAAUGAUAAGGUGGUUGAGCAUUAUGAGUACUACUACAAGGCCAAGUCAAGGUGUGCAAAGCAAGAUGUAUUGGCCAUGCUGUCCCCAACAUGGAUGAGUUCCUUGGAAGAGGCUUUUCUUUGGAUUGGUGGAUGGAGACCAAGUAUGGCAUUUCACUUGAUAUAUUCAAAGUCCGGCUUGCAAUUCGAGGCCCGGCUCGAUGAAGUCCUCCAGGGUCUAAGAACACAUGAUUUGGGGGACCUAUCAGCAUCACAACUUGCUCAGCUUGAUGAGAUGCAAAGGAGGACUAUCUUGGAGGAGAGGGAGAUCACUGAUUUGAUGGCAAGGCACCAGGAGACAGUGGCUGAUGCCUCAAUGGUGGAGUUGUCUCAUGUGGUUUCUGAGAUGAUUAGAGCCAAUCAAAGAGGAGAGGUUGAUCAGAGUAAGGAAAUAGAGAACAAGGUUGAAUCAACUCUUGUGCUUAAGGAGGAAGGUUUGGAGAAGAUUCUGCUGAAAGCUGAUGAGCUAAGGUUUAUAACACUCAAGGAUGUUGUUGAUGUUCUGACUCCAAAACAGGCCAUUCAUUUCUUGAUUGCUGCUGCAGAGCUGCACCUGAGGCUGCAUGAGUGGGGCAAGAAGAUGGAUGCAAGAAAAUGCAAUCAAGGUUUUGGUGAAGGUAAAAGCCACAAUUCAUCAAGUUGAAGAUAGCAGCACUUGGAUUGGAAUCAAAUCAAUCAGAACAAGUUGAAGAAAAAAAAGAGAACAUGAACAUGGUAUUUUUUUUUUGGGGGGGGAUCAAAUCAAAUCAAACCAUACUAUGUAUUCACAGCUUUUAGAAAAAAGAAAAAAAAUGAUUAGUUUGAAAAGCCUAGUCCAUAUGAAACAAACCAGGUCUCGAUGUGUAAUUUCAUAUUGGACCAUCAAAAGCCUGCUUAGUUGGAUUGGAUCAUUCCCAUGUUUGACAAUGCCAAUCUUUAUCUUUCAAUCCACCCAGAAGGGAAUUUAAAUUUGUAAGCAAAUAUCCAGUUACAUUGUCCAGUUACAUUGAUCAAUUGCAAUAAGGAAAGCGAUGUUAUAAUUUUUCA